CACAAGAGAGAGAGGGCGCGAGCCCCAAAGCAAGCGACAUGUCCCUGUGGGGAGCAGAGCCCCUGCACCCCAGAGUGAGGAGGACGCCGGGGUCAGAGGUGGCUGCAAGGCGGGCAGAGGAGGGCCCUGCGGAGGGGGGUGGGCUGGUGGCCUGGGAGCAGUCAGGAAGGGAGGCUGCCUGGUGACAGGAGAGCCCAGAGGCAUUCGGGGCUGUGUGAGAGCCCGGAAGAUUGCAGCCAUGCCUCACAGCUCCGACAGCAGCGACUCCAGCUUCAGCCGCUCUCCACCCCCUGGCAAGCAGGACUCAUCUGACGAUGUGAGAAAAGUUCAGAGAAGGGAGAAAAAUCGCAUUGCUGCCCAGAAGAGCCGGCAGCGGCAGACACAGAAAGCUGACACCCUCCAUCUGGAGAGUGAAGACCUGGAGAAACAGAACGCGGCGCUGCGGAAGGAGAUCAAGCAGCUCACGGAGGAGAUGAAGUACUUCACGUCGGUGCUGAGCAGCCACGAGCCCCUGUGCUCCGUCCUGGUCACCGGCGCCCCCUCGCCCCCCGAGGUGGUGUACAGCGCCCACGCCUUCCACCAGCCUCACGUCAGCUCCCCGCGCUUCCAGCCCUGAGCUCCCAGAGGUGGGGGAGAGCAGAGCCCCCAACCCCAGCUGCUCCCAGGCAUGCGGAGGGGCACACAGACUGUGGCCGGGAGGCCCUCGUCCCUCAGAGCCUCCCUCCACCUGGAGACCCAGGGGCAGAGGCCUGGACCAGGAUUGAGCACAGGACAUAGCAGCUGGAAGUGUCUGACGCCUCCCGGCAGUGUGGCCGCCCGCCCGAGGGCGCGGGCUGGACCUCCACGUGGGUGGGAGGCCCGAUCCAGAGUCGCAUCGAGGAAAACGACCACAUCCCUUGACACAGAGGGAGGAGGGCACAGAAGGGUUAUUUUUCUAAGUAAAUGUCUUAAAAAAUCAA